AUGGCUGACGAUGGAAUGCUCUUGAACUUUGCAUUCAGCGACAAUGUCAUUAAACCCGAGGCCAAAUUCAAGGGAGGGACAUGGCGGGCUCGCCUUUCAGCAAAGAAGCGCUCCCAGCACCAGCCCACCGGCGCUGGAGACGCAAGCCAGCGAAAUGCCGACUCAAAGAACCCCAACAAGAUUCAAAUUCCCGCGAACAGACCUGUGAAGCGACAAAGGACCGGCGACUUCAACGCUCCAGAGGGCAGGUCUGGCAAUCGAUCACACUCUCAACAGCAGCCACGUCGGCAUCCCGGCCAGUUCGCCUCGUCCCUAUUCACCAGCAACCCGGAAUCUAAAACUGCCGAUGAGCCCAAACCCGAGGAAGCGGCGGAGGAUGCUAAACCAACCAACGCCGCCCUGAUUGACGGUAUCGAUACUUUCACGAGUCUGGGCCUGUCACCUAAUUUGGCAGCCCACUUGCUCACCAAACUGGAGUUGAAGGCACCGACUGCGAUUCAAAAGGCUUCAAUUGAGCAAUUGCUGAAGGAAGAGACCGACGCAUUUAUUCAGGCCGAGACUGGUUCAGGAAAGACUCUUGCUUAUUUGCUCCCCCUUGUGCAACGAAUCAUGGCCCUCUCAAAGGCCGCUCAGCAACAGGACAUUCAUCCGGAUAGACAGGGCGUUCAUCGAGACAGUGGCUUAUUCGCGAUUAUUCUUGCGCCAACUCGUGAACUGUGCAAGCAGAUCUCUGUCGUUCUAGAGAACCUCCUCCGCUGCGCUAACUGGCUCGUUUGUGGUACGGUCAUUGGUGGAGAGAAAAAGAAGUCCGAGAAGGCCCGUCUAAGGAAAGGUCUCAACAUUUUGGUCGCCACCCCCGGACGUUUGGCAGAUCAUUUGGACAACACACAAGUUUUGGAUGUCAGCAAUGUCCGAUGGCUGGUCUUGGACGAGGGUGAUCGGUUGAUGGACUUGGGUUUCGAGGAGGAAUUGCAGGGUAUCGUUAAAAAGCUUGACGCUAGACAGCGGCCAAGCCACCUUCCCGGCGUUCCUACCCGCAGGACCACGGUUCUCUGUUCGGCUACAUUGAAGAUGAAUGUGCAACGGCUGGGAGAGAUCAGUUUGAAAGAUGCGAUCCAUAUUAAAGCGGACCCUGCUGAUGAGGAUGGGGAGUCUCGCCCUAGUAACGAAGAGGAAGGCUUCCGUGUGCCAGCUCAGCUGAAACAGUCUUAUGCCAUCGUGCCCGCGAAGCUGCGUCUGGUUUCAUUGACUGCCUACCUCAAGCGAACUUUCAUUCGGAAAGGCUCUGUCAUGAAGGCAAUUGUUUUCGUUUCAUGUGCCGAUUCAGUUGAUUUCCUCUUUGAAGUUUUCUCCAGGAAGUACGGCCAACGAGGUCAAAAGUCGAAGGAUAAUGACGAAGACGACAACAAAGAUAAAGAAGCAGGAAAGGAAGAGCGCGAAAAGCUUUCUCCCCACGGCACUAUUGCUCCUGCCGAGGCCUUUUCAACCUCCGCAAAUCCUGUCAUCAUUCACAGACUGCACGGUUCUCUGCCUCAGCACGUUCGAACCGCCACUCUCGGUUCUUUUUCGAAGAGCAGUGAAGCCUGCGUGAUGGUUUGUACCGAUGUUGCUUCUCGUGGUUUGGACCUUCCCAACGUCGACUUGGUCAUCGAGUACGACCCCGCAUUUAGCUCCGAUGACCACACUCACCGUAUCGGUCGUACCGCUCGUCUGGGCCGUGACGGCCGUGCCUGUAUCUUCCUCCAGCCCGGUUGCGAAGAGAACUAUGUCGAGAUUCUUAAGCGUGGCUACCGCGACGGAGGCAAAGCACUUACCCGCACCGACGCAAACGAGAUUUUAAAACGUGGAUUCGGUGCAACCGCAGAAUCGUCAAGUAAGAACUGGGAAGAGAAGACCACCGACUGGCAGAUGGACGUUGAGCGCUGGGCUCUGGAUAACCCAGAGUAUCUCGAGAUGGCGCGGCGCGGAUUCCAGUCCCACGUCCGUGCCUAUGCGACCCAUAUUGCUGCUGAGCGGAGCAUGUUCGACAUUAAGGAACUUCAUCUGGGACAUCUUGCUAAGAGUUUCGCUCUGCGGGAUCGACCUGGUAAGAUCAACGUUCCAGGUUUGCGUCAAGGAAAGGAGGAUACGAAGAAGGACUUCAAGGCUGCACGGAAUGGCGUCGCUGGUAGCAAGAGGAAGGCUGACGACAUGCCUUCUACGAAUACGGACGAAGCUGCCCGGAAGAUGAGAGCCAAGAUGAGAGAACAGCAUGCCGGUGCCAGUGAAUUCAACCUGGCCUGA